UUAGACGUUGGUUUCCUCAGCUAAAUGAGAGUGGAGUAACCAGCAAGCCAAGUAAUUGGAAAAAUUCUAUUUAUUAUCCCGGGCUACACUCGUUGUUUAAGUGGAUGUUGUUCUUCUGUGGUUUGUGUGUCCUGUUAAAGGCAUUGACUGCUGAAGCUUGCAGGGAAAACCAGCAGUCGACAGUCACGUUAACGAAUUCAAAUGGCAUAAUUUCCCCUGGAUAUUUUCCGAAAAAUGCGGUAUGCAACUGGAUUCUAACAGCUCCCAUAGGAAGUGUGUUCAGAAUAUCACUCAACGUCUAUGUUAACAGACAAAAGUUACCCUGCAGUGGUAAUUAUGUGAAGAUCUACGAUGGAAGCGAUGUUGGCAGUGACGUUAUGUUUGAACAUGACUGUAGCGGGAAAAAGGAUUUCUCAGGGUAUUUUUUCUCUUCUGGUCGUCACGUGUUACUGGAGGUAAAGACAGGAGCAGAGGAAAAGUCUACGGGAUUGAUUUUGAAAUAUGAAACCUUUGCUAAGCAAGAGCCAUGUUCUAUAAACAGUACCUUGGAUGCUCCACUGUCGCCAACUGAACGUAACUUCACAAGCCCUUACUACCCUCAUGGCUAUCCCUUAAAUACAACUUGUGGAUGGCACAUCACAGCUCCUCAGGACCACGUGGUUAUGCUUUUGAUAACACAACAGCUGGAUCUUCGUGACAGUGUGGAAAUUUUCGAUGUAGAUGGCGCCCAACUCAUUCCCAUUGAUAUUCCAAAGAAUGAGCUUUACUCGAAGUUUCAAUCUGUCUACGUAGUCUUCAAGAGUGAUCAGAGGCCACGAACGUUUCUAAACCAAGAGAAGGGGAUACUUGUUCGUUACUCCGCAGUAAGGAAAGUAACCACCUGUUCUUUUGGAAACUCCUAUGACGAGAACAUGAAUAUCUUCUUCGAGGAUUCUUCAGGAACAAUCGAAACUCCCGGGUAUCCAAGUGGUUAUAAUAACUCCCUGAUCAACGAGUGUUCCUGGAAGAUAAUCGUACCCACUGAUAAAGUGGUACGAAUAGAAUUCACAUCUUAUCGGCUUGGACAGUACGAUUAUGCUGAAAUCGCUGAUAGAAUAAAUGGGUUACUCCCAAUUUCUAUUUUACUUUCUGGCACAGAACCAUCGUUUAAAUUCUAUUCAACUGGACGCGAGCUUAGUAUUAAGGUGACAGCUCGUUCAGAUCAAAAGAGUGGUCCAGGAUUCAUUGCAGACUACACUGCAGUGCCUGCGGUGACAUCGGGAGCCUGCAAUUUGGGAAAGAACUCAGUGGUAAAUAUGACUGGUGAAGGGCGAAGCUUCUCAACGCCGGGGUAUCCUUUCAUUGUGGAACAAGGAACUUGUACUUGGAACGUCAUAGUGAACUCCGGCGAGUUCAUAAAGCUUACAUUUCGGAAUAUUAAGGGAAUAUGCGCUCAGAACUUUAUAAAAGUCUUUGAUGAGACAAAUUCCACUCGGAUUUCCCUAGGAAAGUUUUGCACAAAAUACUCCGACGUAGUAUACUCGCGAGGCAACAAAUUAAAGGUGGAGUAUACAUCUCUCUCUUCCAAAAAGUUUUCUGGUGGUUUUUUCGCCACAUAUCAGUCCAUUCAAGCAAUCCCAGCUAAUUACUCCGGUCAGAUAACUAGAUAUGAAUCAAGACGUAUUGAAAUGAAAGACUUCGCUGGCGAAUUCGCCAGCUACAAUUAUCCGCUGCCUUAUUCCAACGACGUCAAGUGCUUGUGGGAAAUUGAACGGCAGGCUGGUCACGUGAUCCGUUUGACGUUUCAAUUCUUUGACUUACAACAAUCUGAAGAUUGUGAAAGCGAUUACGUGAAGAUCGAGCAAGGAUCUUAUUUUUGGAGGACUCUGAUUGGAAAAUUCUGUGGCUCCUCGCUCCCUGAUGCCAUUCUGGUGAAUGACUCAAAUAUGUACGUGGACUUUGUGAGCGACAGCUCCGGAAAAUACCCAGGAUUCCAUGCAAGUUACCAAAUACUUCCUGAUCCCGCAAUGGGACCAUGCAAGAACCCCUUUCAAGACAACGUGAUUCCUCUGACUGGAGAAAAAGGAAUUAUCUUUUCGCCUGUUUAUCCGCGUAAAUUUAUCGACAGCAUUACGUGCACCUGGAUAAUAACAGUUCCUGAGAGACAUUUUGUGAAGCUGAAAAUAAAGUCUUUCGAUUUUCGCGAUUGUUCGGAGUCCAUCCUCACUAUUCGCGACGGCCGAAGUUCAAGGAGUGAUUUACUUAAAUCUUUUUGCAGCAUAUCCUUUGAGAGCUCAGUGUUUUCCAGCUCUCGUCAUCUUUGGGUUCAGUUCGUUGCUGUUCAAAAUCGUAUUGGAGCGAGCUUCUAUGCUGAAUUCGAGGCUGUGAAUCAAGUACCAGCCCCUUUCGCUUGCACUGCAAGUAACCAACGCGUCGCUUUUACGUCAGAAACAGGAAGUCUGGCCAGCUAUAACUACCCUCUUCCUUACGAUGACUCUGCCGAAUGUGUUUGGAUCAUUCGCGUGGACAGUGAUAACAACAUUAAGCUAUCCUUCGACUCCUUUAAUCUGUCUCAGUCCGACGAAUGUUCUGAAGAUUAUGUGGAGGUACGUGACGGCCAGUUUGACACCAGUGAUUUGGUAGGAAAGUAUUGUGGAUCACAGAAACCUUCAGCAAUUACUUCGGAUGACUGGGAGCUUCGCGUGGCGUUCAGGUCCAGUGGAAAGACGAAAUAUCCCGGUUUCAAGGCAACUUUUGAAACAAAAAAAUCAACUGGAGCCAUUUUAAAAAUCGUGGGAAUUUGCGUCGGUGCACUGGCAGCUGUAUUUGGAAUCACUGGAGCCUGCAUAAAGUACGGCAGCUGCUGCAAGAGCGAUGAAGAUAGAGUUGUUCAAGGAACUUUUGACGACGAGGUAGAAGGUGUCCCUUUACAGGAAGAAUCUUCUAAAGUAUAGCAGCAACUGUUAUCGUCAAAGAAGUUGUGACAUUCCCAUUGGGGUCGCAAUAUUCUCGAAAGGAUUUUAAUUCCCCUUAUUUCCUUACUUCCUUGCGUUUAAUUCUUCUCUCACCUGAGGGCCAAUGUUCCUGUAAAGCUUCUCUGAUUCUAGAGGUUGUUUCAUUCAUCCAUAGGCCACAAGAACACUAUGUGUCAAUUGAUUUGGUCGACAUAUUGUGACUGUCGAAUGGCUGCCUGAUAUUAAUGUCUUGCAAAGGCGUCAACAGCCUUGCAGACACUUGAAAAUGCUGAUGAAAUCCUCGCUAAAACUUGGUUACAACAGAAAUCUUCCCGCUCUCAAUCACCGCAGUGAGAGAGAAAAAAAAUAACUUACAAAGAACUCGAAAAUACCUCUCAUGUAACUGGGCUCCUAGUCUGCAAAUUUUUAAGGUACAUUCUUAUUUUUUGCACCAGAAAACUCCAGCAAAUAUUAGUUUGAGAUAUUUAUUUAGGAAAAAAUCUACUUCCAAAAGGUGAUAUCAAGUGAUUCACUUGAGAUUGUGUGAUAUCAGGAGAGUAGACAUGACUUCUGAUUCGCUACUUGCAAAUUUGAAUCACUUAGGUAGGAAUAACACACGAUACUUAACAAGAAUAAACUAACCCUAUGAUCUCAAAUUAAA